AGCUGUUGUCGCUAGUGGCUGCUGUCCGGAGUUGUUGGAAGCUGUUGCGGGUCCUCGCAGAGCUGUCGCUGCUGGUUCUCGCCAGCAUCGCUGCUGCGCAGGGCUGCUGGUGGUGUCACUGCGUCGCCAGAGCUGUCCUUGCAAAAGAAGAAAAAAGAGAAAAGGGGAAGGAGAAUGGGGGGGAGAAACGAGAAGGGGGAAAAGGGAAAGGGGGAAAGGGAGGGGGAAACGAGAAGUGGGAAAGGGAAAGGAAAAAGGGAGGGGAAGGGGCGACGUGAGAGGGGCAAAGGGAGAGGGAACGGGGGGAGGGGCUGACGGAAAGAGGGAGAGGAGGAAGGGAGAGGGGUUGGCGGUUGAUGGCUUGCUGCUGUCCGUCUCGCCUGCUGGCUAUCACUCGCCGGAGAAAGAGAAAAAGGGAAAAGAGGAAGGCAACGAGAAGAAGAAGAGAGGGGGAGGAACAGGGGGGGAGAGAGGAAGGGGCUGUGAGGGAGGCGGCUAG